AUGGUAACCGAAACAUUAUCCGAGUCACUCGUUCCUGUUGGCGCAGACGACACCCUGUAUGUUUCCAGUGAUAUCUAUAGGGAGAAAUGUGUGAAGAGAAUCGCUGAAACAACAAGAAUGAAGGCAGAAUCGCAUGGCCCAAGUAGUAUACUGACCGAAGUACAACAUCAAUCUGAUCACGUAUAUAGUUUUGUAUGUAACAGUUUUCCUAGAGAGGCUGAUGAAUGGAUUACUCGUACACGGGUGUAUGGCUGGCCUUCGCAAGAGCUAAUCGACAAAAUCGUCCAGAGUGGCUGCCAUCUUGUCCCUAUUGGGGACAAGUGCUCCGGGGACACUUUGUUACAAUGGAGAAUAUCACUUGUAAAAGCAGAGAAACGGCUUGUUCACUCUCUGAACCACGUGCAAUUUCAAGUUUACUGUUUGCUGAAAUAUUUCCUGAAACAGAUUCAAGAUAUAUUUGAGAAAACGAUUGGGGAUCGAGACAUACUGUGUUCUUAUUUCAUGAAAACAUUGAUAAUUUUCGCUGUUGAAAAUACUCAUCAGCUGUUCUGGCAAGAGAAAAACUUGUUUUACUGUUUCUGGUUUUGUUUCAAUAUCUUGGCAUCGUGGGUCAAGUCCGGGUGUUGUCCGAACUACUUCUUUGCAAAAAACAACAUGUUCGAGAAAAAAGUUCACGGAGAGAACCAACGAAAAUUACUUCAUAUUCUAGAACAAUGCCAUCGAUUGAAAUGGAUGAGUUUAUCUGUUGGAACUUAUUUUGAUCCGUCGAUAAUGGAAUAUCUUAGAUAUGCUAAAGUUCAAGAUGAGCUUAAAAGACCCAGAACUCGAGAAAAAAUAGAGCAUGAAAAUGACAUGGAGGCGCUAGAUGGGUUGAAAUGGUGUCGAAGAUUGUUCUUGUACAGAGAUUCAGUCUCAAGUCCGAUGACUCUAUUAUCGAAAUCUGAAUCAGAACUUGACGAGUUGAUCACCUACUUUAGUUCAGUGUGCACGCUCACUACAUUAGCAGCAGACGCGUAUCCGGACAACAUGUUGCCUGCUGACAACAAGACGAGAUACAAGAGUCUAAAGAAAUGCAAACGAUGGUUGAUACCCGGGUCCUCAUUCGGCACAGAGUUGUUGUACUUGGCAACUUUUCAUUUCCAGACUGGAAACUACGAAAAAGCGUUAGAACUCUGCAAAAGGAUAAUGUCUCUGAAAACAUUUGAUAUUGACGAUGAAACACGUGUGGCACCCGAGCACCAAGAAAGUCACGUGCAUCCGUUCUGUGGACAAGGAUACUCCUUGAUAGACAGGAUUAAGAGGAUAUUUACCUACCUCCUCUUCUUUAAGGAUGGCCCCUUUUGUCUUCCUCAGUUCCAGCCAGAGUUAUCACAAACUGAUCGCGGUGUGUAUAUUCCUUCUCUGCCGUACGCGGUGUUCUUGUAUUUCCUUUGCUGCCACGAGUUGGGGGACAAAAGUGGACGAGAUGCAGCUCUACGUCACAUGAUUGUGUUGAAGUACGAUAACCAACAAGGGGGACACAAACAUUGGAUAGUACACACACUCCUCGGGAUUUGUUACCAAACCCUUGGGGAUACUCAGAGAGCUAUCAGAGCUUAUUUGGAAUCUCAUAAAACAAAAACGAUAUUUCAUGAGUUGAAUCCUGCCUUGGAGCGGAUUCAAGCUUUGCUAUCAAUGGGGGAGUAG